GUUUUGAAGAUAACCCUGGUGUGAGGAGGCAUCUGAUGAAAAAACCAUCUCGGAGUCAGAUCACCAGGACAAGUAAAAAAUUAGCAUCAAUGCCAUCUGUCAAGAAAAAAAAGAAGAAGAAGAAGUUGGAUAGAAAGCCCCAUGAGGUUUUCGUGGAGCUGAAUGAGCUGGUGGUGGAUAAGAACCAGGAGAUGCACUGGAGGGAGACCGCCCGCUGGAUCAAAUUUGAGGAGAAUGUGGAGGAGGACACAGCAAGGUGGGGGAAACCUCACGUGGCUUCACUGUCCUUCCGCAGCCUGCUGGAGCUCAGGAAGACGAUUGCUCAUGGUGCCGUCCUCCUUGACUUGGAGCAGACCACUCUGCCAGGCAUUGCUCACCUCAUGGUGGAGACAAUGAUCAUUUCUGACCAGAUCAGAGCAGAAGACCGAGCCAACGUGCUGCGUGCCCUGCUGCUGAAGCACAGCCAUCCCAAUGAUGAGAAAGAGGGCUUCUUCCCAAGGAACCACUCCAGCUCCAGCAUGAACUCCAUCGUGGGGAACCACCAUCACAACCACACCACUGACACUUGCAUGCCCCUCAUGGGGGAAGAGCGCAUUGAGAUGGCUGACCCCAAGGCCAAUGAGACUGAGUGCAAGGAGAAAAACCCACAUCUCCAUAACUCUGAGGGCCACCGUAAAUACCUGAAGCUGAUGGAGAAGAUCCCUGAAGAUGCAGAGGCCACAGUGGUUCUUGUGGGUUGUGUGCAGUUCCUGGAGCAGCCGACUAUGGCCUUUGUCCGACUAAAUGAGGCCGUCUUCCUGGAAUCUGUGCUGGAGGUCCCAAUUCCUGUCAGAUUCAUCUUUGUGCUGCUGGGACCGAGCCAGGCCAACAUGGACUACCAUGAAAUUGGCCGCUCAAUCUCCACCCUCAUGUCCGACAAGCACUUCCAUGAGGCUGCAUACAUGGCAGAUGACCGUCAAGACCUCCUCAAUGCAAUCAAUGAGUUCUUGGACUGCAGCAUUGUCAUCCCUCCCUCGGAGGUGGAGGGGAAAGACUUGCUCAAAUCCAUUGCCACCUUCCAGAAGUUGCUGCUGAGGAAGAGGAAGGAGAGGGAGCAGAAGUCCAUGAAAGAGGGAGCUGUCCAGGAAGCCAAAGGUCUCUCCACUCACAUUUGGGCAAAAGAGUCUGAAGAAGAGGAGGAAGCUGAGGACGACCCUUUGAAGCGAACCGGGAUAUUUUUUGGAGGUCUGGUUCGGGACAUAAAGCGCAGGUACCCCAAAUACCUCAGUGACAUCAGAGACGCCUUGCACAGCCAGUGUCUCGCAGCCGUUCUCUUCAUCUACUUUGCUGCUCUCUCUCCUGCCAUCACCUUCGGGGGACUCCUAGGAGAGAAAACUGAGGGUCUCAUGGGGGUCUCCGAGCUGAUAAUCUCCACCUCGGUUUUAGGGAUCCUCUUCUCCCUGCUUGGAGCCCAGCCGCUCCUGGUCAUUGGCUUCUCAGGGCCUCUGCUGGUGUUUGAAGAAGCUUUUUACAAGUUCUGCCAGACACAAGGCAUUGAGUAUCUGACAGGCAGAGUGUGGAUUGGUUUGUGGCUCAUCGUCUUCAUCUUCAUUAUUGUGGCAGCUGAGGGAAGUUUCUUGGUGCGCUACAUCUCGCCCUUCACCCAGGAGAUCUUUGCUUUCCUCAUCUCCCUCAUCUUUAUCUACGAGACCUUCUACAAACUGUACAAGGUGUUUGCAGAACAUCCUCUGCUGAAGUUCUACCCACCGAAUGUGCAGAGUGGCCUGAAUGCCAGCAUGCUCUCUGCGGAUGCGAUGUCCCUGGGAAUCAGGAUGCAGCCCAACACUGCUCUCCUCUCCCUCAUCCUCAUGCUAGGCACCUUCUUCAUUGCCUUCUUUAUGCGCAAGUUCAAGAACAGCCGGUUUUUAGGAGGAAAGGCUCGGCGGAUCAUUGGAGACUUCGGGAUCCCCAUCUCCAUCCUGGUCAUGGUGCUGGUGGAUUACACCAUCACUGACACAUACACGCAGAAGCUGAAUGUCCCCUCUGGCCUGUCAGUCACAUCUCCUCACAAGCGUGGCUGGUUCAUUCACCCCAUGGGCAGCAGUGGGACCUUUCCGAUGUGGAUGAUGUUUGCUUCUGCCAUCCCUGCCCUCCUGGUCUUCAUUCUUAUCUUCAUGGAGACACAGAUCACUACGCUAAUUGUGAGCAAGAAGGAGAGGAAGCUGCUGAAAGGCUCUGGCUUCCACCUGGACCUGCUGCUCAUUGGCACCAUGGGGGGGCUUUGCGCACUCUUCGGGCUGCCCUGGCUGACCGCGGCGACGGUGCGCUCCGUCACCCACGUCAACGCCCUGACGGUCAUGAGCAAGGCCAUUGCACCUGGAGAGAAGCCCAAGAUCGAGGAGGUGAAGGAGCAGCGUGUGACCGGAGUGCUUAUUGCUGCCCUUGUCGGUUUGUCCAUUGUGAUGGGGAACAUGCUGCGGCAGAUCCCGCUUGCUGUGCUCUUCGGCAUCUUCCUCUACAUGGGGGUUACGUCGCUCACUGGCAUCCAGCUCUACGAGCGGCUGCUCCUGAUCUUCAUGCCAUCCAAGCACCACCCUGACCACAUCUAUGUUGUUAAGGUGAAGACCUGGAGAAUGAAUCUCUUCACCUGCAUUCAACUAGCCUGCAUUGUGUUGCUGUGGGUGGUGAAAUCUACGGUGGCAUCCUUGGCCUUCCCCUUUGUCCUGAUAAUGACGGUGCCCUUGCGACGCUUCGUGCUGCCCCGCUUCUUCCACGACAGGGAGCUCAAAGCGCUGGACUCAGAAGACGCGGAGCCAAACUUUGACGAGGAUGGCCGGGACGAGUACAACGAGCUGCACAUGCCUGUGUGA